UAGAGAGAAUGAGUAGAGAGAAUGGGAGGAGAUCGAGGAUCAUACCUGCACAAUCGCGCCUAAAGAUUUGGAGGACGUGCAGGUCUGACAGGGACCGAAUUGAGGAAAGUAAAACUCUCGGUUUCGUGUUUCGUGUUUUUCGUGUAGUUUCGUUUAUUUUUUGUUUCAUGUUCAAUUCUAGCGAUGUUUGAGACUCUCGGUCUCGGUUCCCGAGUCGGGAAAUUUCACGGGUUUUUUG